AUGAAUUUCCCUGAAAACAGUGCCAUGGCUCUGAAAGCUCCAUCCAAUGAAGCCUUGAUGGAUCAACUAGAUGUUAAGGAACUGUUUUCUUCUCUGGGAGUUGCAUGUAAUAUCUUGGAACUGGAUCAAGUUGAUGAUGGAGCCAAUGUCCAGGAAGUACUGUCAGAAAUCACUAAUCAGAGAACUGUACCCAAUAUUUUUGUGAAUAAAGUGCAUAUGGGUGGAUGUGACCGAACUUUCCAGGCCCAUCAGAGUGGCUUAUUACAGAAGCUCCUUCAGGAAGAUUCAGCAUACGAUUAUGAUCUCAUUGUCAUUGGGGGCGGUUCUGGUGGCCUUGCAUGUGCUCAGGAAGCUGCCAUCUUGGGAAAGAAGGUUAUGGUGCUAGACUUUGUAGUCCCAUCGCCUCAGGGCACAUCCUGGGGUCUUGGCGGUACUUGUGUAAAUGUGGGUUGUAUUCCUAAGAAGUUGAUGCAUCAAGCUGCCCUUUUGGGGCAGGCACUGAGGGAUGCCAGGAAAUUUGGCUGGGAGUACAGUCAACAAGUAAAGCACACCUGGGAGACUAUGACAGAAGCGAUUCAAAACCACAUCGGCUCUCUAAACUGGGGCUACAGGCUGUCCCUGAGGGAGAAGGCUGUGGCCUAUGUCAAUUCCUAUGGAGAAUUUGUCGAACAUCAUAAAAUAAAGGCAACCAAUAGAAAAGGACAGGAAACUUGCUAUACUGCUGCAAAAUUUGUCCUAGCGACAGGCCAAAGGCCACGGUAUUUAGGAAUCCAAGGAGAUAAAGAGUACUGUAUUACUAGUGAUGACCUUUUUUCUCUGCCUUAUUGCCCUGGCAAAACGUUAGUGGUGGGUGCAUCUUACGUUGCUCUGGAAUGUGCAGGAUUUCUCGCUGGCAUUGGCUUAGAUGUCACGAUUAUGGUGCGUUCGAUCCUUCUUCGUGGGUUUGAUCAAGAGAUGGCAGAGAAAGUGGGUUCCUACAUGGAACAACAUGGUGUUAAGUUCUUAAGAAAAUUUGUACCUGUCUUGGUUCAGCAGUUGGAGAAAGGUUCACCUGGAAAGCUGAAAGUAGUGGCUAAAUCCACUGAAGGACCAGAAACUAUUGAAGAAAUAUAUAAUACAGUUUUGUUGGCAAUUGGUCGUGACUCCUGUACAAGGAAAAUAGGUUUGGAGAAGAUUGGUGUCAAAAUCAAUGAGAAGAGUGGCAAAAUACCAGUAAAUGAUGUGGAACAGACCAAUGUGCCUUAUGUUUAUGCUGUUGGGGAUAUUCUGGAGGGUAAACUUGAGCUCACACCUGUUGCCAUACAGGCAGGCAAGCUGCUGGCUCGAAGACUUUUUGCGGGCCGUUUAGAAAAGUGUGAUUAUGUAAAUGUUCCAACUACAGUGUUUACUCCUUUGGAAUAUGGCUGCUGUGGAUUAUCUGAAGAGAAAGCUAUUGAAAUGUAUAAAAAAGAGAAUCUCGAAGUGUAUCAUACUUUGUUCUGGCCUCUUGAAUGGACAGUGGCCGGCAGAGACAACAAUACUUGUUACGCAAAGAUAAUUUGCAAUAAAUUGGACAACUAUCGGGUGAUAGGAUUCCAUGUUCUCGGACCCAAUGCCGGUGAGGUUACCCAGGGGUUUGCUGCCGCAAUGAAAUGUGGGCUCACAAAGCAGCUACUUGAUGAUACCAUUGGAAUUCAUCCCACCUGUGGUGAGGUGUUUACGACUCUGGAGAUCACAAAGUCGUCGGGACUAGACAUCACUCAGAAGGGCUGCUGAGGCUAGCACUGCUGCUGUCUGGGUUUCCUUGUCAUUUCCUGCUCUCAGGGACAAGAGGGCCCCCGGGUAAAGUGAGUCGGUGCUCCUGCACCUGCUCUCCUGCAUGGGGACCAGUGCUGGACUUUUGUCCCAGCACAGAGAUGAGGAAGACGAGGAGACAGGACAGCAGUGGGCAUGUGCCCCGCGGGCUCGGCUGGCUGGAGAGGCAGGCAGGCUGCCUCCUUGACGCCUUAGCUCGGAACCGCUGUGAGGUGAGCUAAGGCCGAUGUCCUCCAUGCCAGGCCAGCUGCCCCUGAAGGACCUUGCGGGCACGCAGUCAGCCAAGUUAACUAUUCUGGUUGCUAGUGUUUUUAUCCUCUUUCUUCAUUGUUUCUCCAAAAGUGGCUGCUUAGUGAUGAAAACUGGCCACACAGUGGGGCCCUCCGGAGUGGGGGCCUGGGCUUGGUGUGUCCCCGAGGUGUGUCCCGGCAGUGCCUUUGGGAGCUGGCCGCGAAGCCCGGCGCACAGGUGGGAAAGCGGCCCGCAGGGCCCAGCUAGUCAGCAGGCCCGCCUCGGGCCCCUCCCUCCCCUGAUUCGCAGUGGCAACAGCCCCCAGGGCCUCUCUCUCUCUUUUAGUAUCUCAUGUCAGAUACAUGCUUGAAUUCCUUCUCCGCGUUGAUCUUCAGAGCAAUA